UUCUGCCAACGCCAACAUCGUCGAUUUGAUUUCGGAAUUGGAAGGAUGAGGAGGAUCGGAAGCUACAUAACACAGGGUGUUUACACUGUUUCAGGGCCCUUCCACCCGUUCGGCGGCGCCGUCGACAUCGUCGUCGUGGAGCAGCCAGAUGGAACCUUCAAGUCUUCUCCUUGGUACGUCCGAUUCGGGAAAUUCCAAGGCGUUCUGAAAGCAAGGGAGAAGAUCGUUGACAUCAAUGUGAAUGGCGUCGACGCUGAUUUCCACAUGCAUCUUGAUCACAAAGGUGAAGCGUAUUUCUUCAGGGAAGUAGAUGCUGAAUAUGGUGACGCCGUUAUUUAUCCGUCUUCUGGUGAUGAAUAUGAUGAUAACCGUUCCCGUAAUCUUAACGACAUGCAAAUACAAGAACGCCUCAGGUCCAAAAGCUGCAACUAUGAUUCAGAAAAUAGUAACGGGAAUGCUGGGGCAAGGUCUCGCGGCUCGUUACUUGGCUUUGUGUUUGGGCGAAAGUCCAUAGAGGAAGGUGAAGAAUGUGGUGAUAAGUAUGGAGUUGAACAAAUGGCGCCUGCUGAGAUAGCUGCAGAUUUGUUGGAGCUUAAGUGGUCUACUAAUAUCAAAAGUGAUCGCCGACCACCACGUUUUGUGGAUAAACGCAAAAUUGCAAAGAGUUCAUCCGAUGGUGAUGUACUUCAAGAAGCUUUGCCACCUCUUGAGGUAAAGGAGGAAGAAGCUGCUUCUUUUUCCAAUUCUAACUCUGAGCAUGGACAUGAUAAGACUAUGAUAAAGAUUGACGUUGCGCAUGAGGUUGAAUGUGACUCCAAUGGAAAGCAAGGUGGACUUGCUCAUGAAUGUGCUGAUUUUCCCGUUGAACUUGUGGAAGUUGAAGCAGAAGGGGGGUUCGAGAGGAAAUUAAGUGAGGGAGAGCUUGCUCCUGUCAGUGCUUUUGCUUCGCCGACUGGUGUUGCUUCAGUGGACGACAACAUUUCGGCCGAUGAAGUUGCUCAGUCUGUGGUUUUCUUCGAUACGUCCGAGAAAGCGACGGUGGAUUGUGCAAACGAGAGUAGUGCAACGAGCCAUGAUGUCUCUAGCACAUUUUCUCCUCCUAAGGAGUUGCUUGGUGUACAAGCAACAACUAAAUCACCAGCAGCAGGUUUAGUGGAAGAAGAAAACUUCCUUUUUAGUGACCUUGAUGAAAGUAAAAUCAAUGAUCAAUUGGAUAGACCGGUGUCCCCUGAAUCCGUAGAUAAGGAAGAAGAAGAAGAAGAAGAACAUCAUUCUUGUGAUGAUGGUGAUGUUAAAGAUGACAACUUAGUUAGUGAAAAGGGCGAUUUGCAUUCGUCCAGUCCUAUGGCUAUCCCUAGAACUGAGGCUGCUGGGGAGGAUAUUGGGCAUACAGGAUCAUUGCCUAACAUUACUACUCGUAGCGUCAGCUUGGGCCAACCUGAGGCUUCUUAUCCUUUAAGUCAAUCACUAGACACAAGAUCCAAAUCCUUGCCGUGGUUAUUUCCUGAAAAUGAAGAUUCAAGUGAAGCCAAUGGAAACCAGUUGUCAAAUGCGAAGUCAGGGGUCGGUAGCCCACCUUCUGGUUGGAGACUUUGGCCUUUCUCCAGAUCAGUAUCCCAAACUUAUGUGCCGCCUAUGCCAAGUGAUACCAAAGAUACUACUUUUGAGCAGUCUUCGGAGAAUACAAUCAGCACAGAUCCGAACAAAAAUGAGCUCAAGACUGACCCAAAGAAAAAGCAUGUUAGGGUAAAAGUUCCAACUUCUGAACAGAUAGCAUCUUUGCAUCUGAAGGAAGGGGGUAAUACUGUAAUGUUCACUUUCUCUACAACAAUGCUUGGGAGGCAGCAGGUUGAUUGUCGAAUAUAUUUAUGGAAAUGGAAUACUCGUAUAGUGAUCUCAGAUGUGGAUGGGACAAUUACAAAGUCAGAUGUUUUAGGUCAGUUCAUGCCUUUGGUUGGUAUUGAUUGGUCACAGACAGGUGUUGCACACUUAUUCUCAGCUAUCAAGGAGAAUGGUUACCAACUGCUAUUUCUCAGUGCCCGUUCAAUUUCUCAAGCAUAUCUCACACGCCAGUUCCUAUUCAACCUUAAACAGGAUGGGAAGGCUCUACCAGAUGGUCCUGUUGUUAUUUCUCCUGAUGGACUUUUUCCAUCUCUAUAUCGUGAAGUUAUUAGGAGGGUUCCUCAUGAGUUCAAAAUUGCAUGCCUGGAGGAUAUCAAGUCACUUUUUCCUUCUGAUUGCAAUCCAUUCUAUGCUGGUUUUGGAAAUAGGGAUACUGAUGAAAUCAGCUACCUUAAGGUUGGAAUCCCAAUAGGAAAAAUAUUCAUUAUUAAUCCCAGGGGAGAGAUUGUUGUAAACCGUCGUAUUGACACAAAAUCGUAUACUUCUCUCCAUGCACUCGUGAAUGGGAUGUUCCCCCCUAAGAUCUCCUCUUCUGAACAGGAGGAUUUUAACUCAUGGAAUUUCUGGAAGCUACCCCCUCCUGUUCUAGACUUGUGAAAGGGCCUAUUGCAUAUGCUUGGCUCAAUAAUCUUUGGUUUUGAUGCUGCCGGUUCCUGUAGGCUGUGCUGCUCUUAGUACCCAGGAUUAUACUGGUGAUAUGUAUCCAUGCCCAAUGAGAAUUACGUUAUUCUAUUGCUAACACGUAUUCGUGGAUUGAUUUGUUGGACCUCAUAAUUUUGAUGGAUGGCGGAUGAUAUACAUUUUACCUCAUAAUGUUCUCGUGCUUGCUGUAAGAUCGGAGCCACUUGUCCGCUUGUAUAGUUCGACGCAAUCCAAUGAUCACUCAAGUCAUGGAAUCCCACGCAUUUAUCGCUUUGCUUACUUCUAGAUUAGGGCAUAGUUAAGCUAUUCUUAUUUUAUUACACAACUGUAUAUGUAUGUCACUGUGAUUUCACUUUCGUGUCUAAUAUAUAGAAAUCUGUCAGUAAUAAUGUCAUAUACUUUUUUU